AUUCCCUUCCCUUCUGCCCAGCCCUUGGAUUGCACAUAUUCUAAUCUACUCUCCCACCACUUCACCCUGCCAUUUUUUUCUCGCUAGUCUCUUUCCCCUCUCUCUCCUUGGUGCCUUCUUGGACUGGAGAGAAGAAUUCUGGAGCUUUGUGUUGGAAAAAAAAAAGCUCUUGUUGCUAUUAUCCUGUCGUGAGCGAUUUUCAGGACUCUAAAGUGAUGUUGCCAAACAAGAUAUUAUAGAAGAAUACCUAAAUUUAGCACAAAUUUUUACAUAAAAUUCAGUUUUUUUUUCCCUUCUACUUCUGUGAGGAUUUCUAUUGGAAUUAGCAAGUGGAAGGGAAAAGGAAAGAGUGCGAAUGGGAAAGCAAGGACCUUGCUGCCAUUGUGGAGUCACAAGCACUCCACUCUGGAGGAAUGGACCGCCCGAGAAACCUGUUUUAUGCAAUGCAUGUGGUUCCAGGUGGAGAACCAAGGGUUCAUUGAUAAACUAUAUACCACUACAUGCUAGGGAAGAUUUUGAUGCUGAUGAGUUAAAAGCUCCAAAACUUGGAAGUGCAACCUUCAAACCUAAAGAACAGAAGUUGCAUAAAAACAAGCAAAGCCCGUGUAAAUUGGAAAGUGAAUGUGAAAUGCAAUUUUGGGAUCAGAAUUUCUGUAAAUUUGUGGAGGGUGAUACAAGCAAUCGAUCAAGUUAUGGAUCAGCCAUAUCAGGUUCAGAAAGUUGUUUAUACUUUGGCAAUGAUGAUGCCAUCAAGGUAACAGGUUCAGUGCAAUCAAAUGUCUGUGAUUCAUUGGUUCCUUCCUCGGAAAGAUCAUUUGUUACUCACCCAAAGCUUUCUGUUGAGAAACUCACAAAAGAAUUAUAUUCGAUAUGGCAUGAAGAACAGGCUUCUAAUCAUUCCAGAACCUCAGAAGAUGAUCUGCUUUAUAGCAGCAGUACCCCACUUGGUUCGAUCGAGAUUGGGUAUGGAAGUGUACUCAUUAAAACUACAAGUUCAAAAUCAAUAGAGGAAGAAUCAGAAGCUAGCUCAUUUCCAGCGGAUAAACCAUACAUUACCAAUGAUGCUCUGUCUAAAAAGAUUGAUGGGGGAAAUGAUAGACUAAUCACUCAAAAUCUUCCUGGUCUUUCCAAUUUGCCAUCUCUUAAAAGGAAGCAUGACAAGCAAAAGCAGAUCCAUUCAGAUUUGAAGAGUGCUGUGAAAAGUCCUAAACGAGUGUGCCGGUCUGGGGUUAUGAACCCACCUUCAAAAUGCUCAACUCAGUUGGACUCCUGUCUGCUCGCCAAAGUAAUUGAUGGUCCAGGGCAAUUUGCUCACCAUGACAGGGUUUGCUUCAGUCCUAAAAGAGUUGCUUCAGCUCUUCCUGAUAAAACCUCCACCUUCUCAUCUCCAAUACAGUUCAUUGCCGACAGCUCUGAAAGUGACAUGCUUCUAGAUAUUCCUACAGGCACAUCAUUUGCGGAAGCAGAACUCCUGUACCAUCCAUGGAUGAAGAAAGCCAAUCAAGAUGGAUCACCAACCAAAAGUGUCAUUGACAUAUCUGACAUCCCAGCUUCUAGUUUCACCAAUAAAUAGUCAACAAGCAAUAAGACUAGUGUAGCCCGAUGACUCAUUUCCCCUUAAAGUACACUGAGAGCUGACAAUUGCAAUGGCGUGGGCUAGUUUCUUUCUUGUAUAGCCUGGCAAGGUAGUUGUAAUAUAACUAAGAGUUAAAGAGCAUUUGUAUUUUGUAUAAACGAUGAAGGAUUGGAGUUAUAGAAUUUGUCUGUACUCCAAUAAAAGAAUGUAAUACUCAUCAACUAGCUCUUUGUCAUGCAAAGUGCAGAGUAUGACUAACAUAUUAAUGCCAUUGUCGAUGACAUGA